UGAGGGCCGGACUGUGAGGCGUAAUGGCGGCUGUGGGCUGGUGCAGUUAAAGGCUCUGGCGUCUUCCUCGGUGAAAAGUCUCGCCGGUCUCUUCCCUACCUCUGUUAACCGGAGGAGCAAUUAUGUCAUCUUUUCAAGAGGUUCCAUCUUCAAGCAGUACCCUCCAGACUUCAAAUUUUGCACAUGUUAUCUUUCAAAAUGUAGCAAAAAGUUAUCUUCCUAAUGUGUACCUUGAAUGCCAUUACACUCUGACUCCCUAUAUAUGCCCUCACCAAAAAGAUUGGGUUGGUAUUUUCAAGGUUGGUUGGAGUACUGCACGAGAUUAUUACACAUUUCUUUGGUCACCUAUGCCUGAAAAUUAUGUGGAAGGUUCAACAGUUAAUUGUGUGCUAUCUUUUCAAGGAUAUUACCUUCCAAAUGAUGAUGGAGAAUUUUACCAGUUCUGUUAUGUGACACAUAAGGGAGAGAUACGUGGAGCAAGCACCCCUUUCCAAUUUCGAACAUCGUCUCCAAUUGAAGAAUUGUUAACAAUGGAAGAUGAAGGAAAUUCUGAUAUGUUGGUAGUGACUACAAAGGCUGGACUUCUUGAGUUCAAAAUUGAAAAAACCCUGAAAGAAAAAGAAGAACUAUUAAAGGUAAUAGCAUCACUUGAAAAAGAAACUUUGCAACUCAGAGAUCAAGUUGAAAGACUAGAAAAAGAACUUCUAUAUGAAAAGGAAAAAUGUGAUAAGUUGGAAGUACAGCAAAAGGAUAGCUUUAAAGCUGUAGAAACUCUUAAAACUGAAAAUGAAGAACUCAAGAAAAAAUGUGAAGAAGCUACUUCUAAAGUUCUUCAGCUUGGAGAAGACAUCAUGAUUGUUACUCAAAAAGCUAUUACAAAAGAAACAGAAUUAGAUAGCUUGAAAGACAAACUCAAGAAAGUAGUCUUGGAAAAGGAGCAGUUUGAAUGCCAGUUAAAGACAGAAAAGGAUGAAAAGGAGCUUUACAAGAUACACUUGAAGAAUACAGAAGUUGAAAACAGUAAAUUAACAUCUGAAAUUCAGACACUUAAGAAUUUGGAUGGAAACAAAGAAAACCUUAUAGCGUAUUAUAAAGAAGAGAUUGGCAGAUUACAACUUUGUAUGGCUGAAAAAGAAAAAUUGAAGAGAGCUUUCCUGCUUACUUCCUCAAAUAAGGAAGAGUCAAGUGUUUUAAAAGAGCAGCUUCGGAAAGCUGAGGAUCAAAUUCAGGCAAGCAGGCAGGAAGUACUGUUGAUGUCAAAAGAACUAAGUGAUGCAGUAAAUGUGCGUGAUAAAACGAUGGCAGACCUUCAUAGUGCUCGACUUGAAAAUGAAAACCUGAAGAAACAGCUGAAUGAUGCUCUAGCUGAUCUUAAAAAAAACUCUCUUACAAACAGUGAACAGGGAACAUCGAAUGUUGUAGAGAGAGAACUACGCAGAGAAGUUGAAGAUUUAAAGCUCCGUCUGCAGAUGGCUGCUGAUCAUUACAAGGAAAAAUUUAAAGAGUGCCAGAAGCUGCAAAAACAAGUCAAUAAAUUUAUUGACCAGAAUAAAACUUCAGGGGAUCAACCGAAUUUGACAGAUGGUUCAAAAAGUGAAACUCCUACGGUCGAGGCUGGUGAUAAAACAUUACCCGCAUCUCCAGUUAGCGUCAUUUCAUCUGAUACAGUUGUGGAGUUUUCAGAAAAGGAGCAAGAUCAUGAAAAGAAUAAGGAAAUUUCUGACAAAACAGCGAAAUUUAAGAAAUGCAAGCCGAUGCUGUCAGAUGAGAAAUUGAAAUGUACUAUGUAUGCUGAUGAACUGGCCAAAUUGGAACUGAAAUGGAAGGAGCAAGUGAAAAUUAGUGAGAGUGUGAAGCAGCAGCUAGCUGCAGUGAAAGACCAGUAUCUAAUGCAGUUGGCUGAAAAAGACAGACAGAUAGAUGAGUUGACAUCUCAUUUGGGAAUCCUCAGCAUUGAGAAGAAUCCUGGAAGGAGACCAGAAAAUCAAACAGAAAGGAUCAAAGAAGGACAGAUUUCUCAGCAGGCACUAUAUUUUCUCAAUCCAGUUCUUAAUUCUGAAGAUAAUGGGCAGGUUCCUGCUAUACCAGCUAGGGUACCACUUCUGCAGUAUGGAAAUCCCUACACAACCCAGGAAACUAGAGAUGGAGCAGAUGGUGCUUUUUAUCCUGAUGAGAUCCAAAGGCCACCCGUAAGAGCAGCCUCUUGGGAUCUUGAAGAUAAUGUGGUGUGCAGUCAGCCUGCUCGUAAUUUCAGUCGCCCCGAUGGUUUAGAAGAUCUUGAGGAUAGUAAUGUAAGUUUGAAGUAAAAAUAACACUUGUGAUUCUUAUAUUUAAGGUGUGAUGUCUCCACCCUCCACCCACCCAAAGUUAUCUGAAUAUUUCUCUCGGAUAGCCUCCAGUUUGAAUGAGGUGGACAUAAUCUCUAGCUUUAGAAAGUUCAUUAUAGUCAGUGACACCCAUUGUCCCAUUUAUGAAUGUAUAAGUCUGUUGGAGCAUUUAUUCAAAGAUACCAAAAUUUGUUCACUCUUUGCCAGUCAGUGCUGUUAAUGAUAUGCCCAGGCUACACUCAUUCAGUGAUUCAAACAAUCAGAAACAUGGCCAGAGCAUCAAUUUCUACACCCAGUUCCAAAACUGGGAUAUGCUUAAACUCUAGCUGGAUUGGGGUGCUUAAAUUAAGAAUUAUCCUAAUUGGAAUACAGCACAGAAAUCCAUAUUCUGAAUUCAAAAGGGUGUAACAGCAUUUGUAUGUCAAGAGAAGUGUUUCUGACAGAGUAACAUUUAACAAAGGGUUUCACCACACAUGAACAAAAUUCAGAUCUGUGUUUUAUUUCAGUAUUUCAAAUAAGAAAAUGAACAGCAAUAUAAAAAUGUUAAUUUCUUUAAAUGCCUAUUUCACAUGAAGAUAGUUGCUAGCCCAUAUAUAUACAGUGUCUACAGUAUACAUAUUAUAUUAUACAAUUUGUAUAAAAUGUGAUGGAGUUGUAAAAUAUGUGACACUAUUUUUUUGUAUCUAUUAACUUUAAGAAACACUUGAAUAAGUAAUAUUCUUUUAUGAAGUCCUU